AAUUUGAUGUUGUAGAAGAAGAAGAAGACAGGCGAAGUAGAGCCAUUUUUCUCUGUUUUGCCGUGUUAAAACCAACAUUUACGCUUGAAACAGUUAAAAAGAAAGAUAUGAAAAGAAGACAGCAUGGCGACUAGACUGCUAAAGCGAGCUGGCGUUUCAAACGAAACGUGUGAACAACUUAAACGACACCACAUAGAGAGUUGUAAGGACCUGUUGUCUCUGACUCCCAUUGAAGUGAUGCACGCCGCCGGGAUGAGCUACCAGAAAGCCUCUGAGCUGCUGCAGACUGUGAGUAAAGCCAUUGCACCGCCUGUCUCCACGGCUCUCGAGCUAUGGACGCAACAUUUGUGUUUCUCCACAUCUUUGCCAGCUUUGGAUAAAGUUUUGAGAGGAGGUUUACCUUAUGGGACCAUCACAGAGGUGACAGGGCCCUCUGGCUGUGGGAAGACUCAACUGUGCAUGAUGCUCAGUCUUUUUGCUACUUUGCCAAAAAGUGAGGGUGGCAUGGACAGCGAUGUGAUCUACAUCGACACAGAGUGUGCUUUUUCUGCUGAGAGGCUGGUGGAGAUUGCACAGAGCCGGUUUCCAGACUACUUCAGCUGCAGGGAGAAGGUCCUGCAGAUGGCCGGGCGGGUGCACCUCUUCAGAGAGCUCACCUGUCAAGAUGUCCUCAACAGGCUGGAGAGACUAGAAGAGGACAUUAUCUCAAACAGAGCUGGUCUCAUCAUCCUGGACUCAGUGGCCUCGGUGGUGCGCAAAGAGUUUGACACAACAUUACCAGGCAACUUGAUGCACCGCAGCAACCUGUUGAGCCACGAGGCCUCCACCCUCAAAUACUUAGCUCACCAGUUUAACAUACCUGUGGUGCUCACCAACCAGAUCACAACUCAUGUGCGGAGUCAAGGGUCUGAAGGGGAAUCUGGGUUUGUGACAGCGGCUCUGGGGAACACGUGGAGUCACAGUGUAAACACACGUCUCAUAGUGCAGUAUGUGGACUCACACAAGAGACAGAUACUGAUAGCCAAGUCUCCUGUUGCCCCGUUUGCUGUGCUGAACUACACUAUUGAGAAGCAGGGGAUCUGUAUCGAUGCAGAUCAGGAGAUCUUGUAUAAAGGCACAGAUCCCGGACUCCAGCCAAUCAGGGUGCAGACUGAAUUCAGCUGCAACCUAACCAGACCUGUAGACUAGAUCAGGGAGACUGGGAGAGGCCAGAUGCUGCAGUCCUGCACAAGUCACAAAUUCAGGACAUAGCCUGGUCCUUCGUCAGGCGGUCUAGAGGGUCUUUCCAAGGCAGUUUUUUUUAAAUUAACAAGCUCUAUUUUGAUGUUUUUAUGCACUCUGGCAC